UAGGUACUUGAACUGGUCUUAAAUAUACCUCAAAUAUAUUUUCUUAUUCCUAUUUAUAUUUAUUUUCUAUUCAUCGAGAACAAAGGACAUCCAUUUACCAUUACGAUAGCAAACAAAACUUGGUACUCGACCGAGAAAAUCGUAUUUGGAAAAACUUCGUCUGACAUUUAUAGAAGACGGAAAGACUUUAUUUUUCUCACAUCUAAGCGUCUUACAAUCAAAAGUAAUGCUACAGUUCUUUUCAAAAGAAAACACGGAUUUCCCUUUGAUAAAAAAACACGUGUACUAGGUAACUGUUUGAUGUCAAAACGGCACCUAAAAGUCUAACAAUAAUCCCUUUCGAAAGCUCCCCUGAACAUUUUGUGAACACAAAAGAAAUUUAACUUUCCUUUUUUCAGGUAUCGACGAUGGAAAUCGGCCCGGAAUCACACUUCGACGCCCUCAUGCUAACAGUUAAUACGACUUGAAAAAUGUGAAACAUGAAACUUGAAAUCGUUUUGGAAGCCGAUAAUUUUACUUUGGACUUCAGCGACUUGUCGACUUCAAUGUACCUAACGGACUUGUAUGUUAACAAGAGUAUAGAGGUGAACGAAACCACUAAUGACUUGGUGUACUCCAACCAAUUUGAAGACGAUCCGCUAAUAGUCUUCUUAGUGGUGUUAAAAUGUGUGAUCAUGCUAUUCAUAAUUUUGGCGGCGAUUUUCGGAAACUUGCUCGUUAUAGUUUCCGUAAUGAGACACAGAAAGUUACGAGUCAUCACAAACUAUUUCGUCGUGUCUUUAGCCCUGGCUGACAUGCUCGUCGCUAUCUGGGCGAUGUGUUUCAACUUUAGCGUAGAAAUAACGAACGGAGAAUGGCUCUUCGGCUACUUCAUGUGUGAUGUUUGGAACUCCUUGGACGUGUAUUUUUCUUCUGCGUCCAUUCUCCAUCUAUGCUGUAUCAGUGUGGAUAGGUACUACGCUAUCGUUCAGCCUCUCGACUACCCUUUGAUCAUGACGACUGCGAAGCUUGGGAUCAUGCUGGCCGUAGUCUGGUGCAGUCCUGCUUUGGUCUCCUUCCUCCCGAUCUUUAUGGGCUGGUACACGACCGAAGACCACCUGAACUUUAGGAAGCGUUUCCCAAAUGUGUGCAGUUUUACUGUGAACAAAGUGUACGCAGUGAUCUCAAGUAGUGUUAGUUUUUGGAUCCCUGGAGUCAUCAUGCUGUAUAUGUACUACAGGAUUUAUAUGGAGGCUGAUCGACAAGAGAGGAUGUUAUACAGAAGCAAAGUAGCAGCCUUACUCCUGGACAAACACCUCCAGAUCAACGGGAUCUCGAUGGGCGAGGUGAUGCGAGAGAGACAGAGCAUACAGAUGCAGCCGAUGGCGAGCAGUAAGAUGAAAAGAGAGAGAAAAGCUGCCCGGACGCUGGGGAUCAUCAUGUCGGCGUUUCUGGCAUGUUGGCUGCCGUUCUUUUUAUGGUACAUAAUAACAGCAUUGUGCGGCGACGCCUGCCCCUCCCCGCCGCCAGUAGUGGCCGCGGUCUUCUGGGUCGGCUACUUCAACUCGGCCCUCAACCCACUCAUCUACGCUUACUUCAACAGAGAUUUCAGAGCAGCCUUCCGAAAAACAUUGGAUUCUUGUUGCAGGUCCCUAUGCGGCGAAGUCGCUCGCCGCUUCUGCUGCCAGCGCCCGCGCCGAGACCAGCACCACUCAAACGCAUCCUCGGACAUCCACAUGAACAAUUGCGUCAAAUCAACAUCCGCGGAUGUGUUGCGAGCUCACCAAGCAUCCUGCUCAAGGCCAGAAGACAUAGUGUUUGAGACUUAAGACUUUUAAAGGUUGCAAGUAAAUUUGGUCACCCGUGACCUAUGUGACUUAUAGAUCGGUCAUCCGUGACCGAUGGUAUAUGAACUUCGGCCACUGAUGACCGAUUAAGUUGCGAGAACGAGAAUUGCUCGCUGUCUCGACAGUUACAGUGUAAAAGACUCAAAGCAGUAAGUUUAACUAAUAAGUAAAAAAUAGGGUAGAUUCUAAUAAGUGUGGAUCUGUAAGACGGUGAAUUAUUACUUUAAUUUAAGCAAUAUUUUGUUUAAUGUGCCAUUUAUGUUUCUGAUCAUCUAGCUUUUAAACAAAUUGCAAGCGUCAAAACUUAGUAUUUUUUUUGGAAAGCUGUGCCGUCACGCUUGCACGGUUACUACAGUGACAUUUGAAGAGGCCCGAGCCAUAGAAUUAAUAGCUUAUAUAUUAAUAGCAAGCAAACGUAGAUGUCAAAUAUCGUCAUAUCUAGAUACGAAAAAAAUUAAUAACCGACCCAUAUCCACAGUUGGUUUUCCCUACCAAAAUGGGAACUCUACUAUAUUCAACAAAUAUAGUUCAAGGACACAAAUAAUUUCACGAAAAAAUCUUUCUAAGCAAAUUCAGUGAAUGCAAAAGUUUCCACAUGACUGUACCUAUAUUAAGGGUUGCCCUUUCAAAAGAGAUAUUUAUGUCUGAUAGUAACAUUUUGGACGUCGAAGAAACAUGGGUCAGGGUUUUUCAAUUCUAUACAAUUUGUAUUACGUGUAUCACAUUCAAUUUCCAUAGGGAAAUCAAAUUUUAUAACAUAAGUAUGUAAACGAGUUUAUUUGGAAAACUAAGCGGUCUUUAGGAAAAUGUAUUUUCGCGUAUUCAAAAAUGAAGUCUUAUAUGUUCGGUUAUUUUUCUACUUUAAAUAUGUAUCAUAUUGUAUUAAAACACCCUGUGCAACAAACAUAUAUGUCACGUAGCAUUUGAACACCCUGUACAUUAAGGAAAUCUCCAGCGAAAAUGUUAUUUUUGGAAUACAUGCUUGAUCCAUCUCAUUCUUUCAUACGAAAUAUGUACAAGAGCAGGUGAGACACAGCUAGAAAAUACUGUGUAAAAAGGUUUUUUUGAGAACAACUAGUAAAGGUUGUGAAGAUGGUAAUUAAUUUAGUACGGUUGUGAUAUGUUCUGUUUUAAAUAAAAAGAUAUUUUAAUUUAUUAUUUUGGAAACCAAAGAGUAUUUAUCCAAAAUAUAUAAGCAGAAAACGCUUAAAAAUUAGUGGUUUAAAACCGUUUAGAUUAGUUAGAUAAAAAUAGCUACGAAAUGUUUGGCCGAAAGCUUUUAAUCUGCCUUUAUUUGGAGCAAAAUUUUCAAAAUUUUUAGUUGAUCUAUUGCAUGCUUGUAAUAGUCCAAGAUACUAAGGUCACCCGACCUUACUUAUCUUCGUAUUGAGUCACGAAAAGUGAUAAAUAUUUUUAUCUGUCGUGUGCAUGCUUGUAAACUUGCAGAUUUGGCACCUGUAAAACAUGUAACUUUCAAAAUUUACUCCAGAACUACUUGAUACCUUGAGUUACAAAUGCUUUCCAGAAGAGAGUAAAUGUCUGUUAGCCCGGGAUCUGAUUCUACAUUCUGGUACACUUAUUGAAAAAGCAAGAUGCAGUCGCUUUACGUAAAAUUAUAUGCCCUAAUUAGCUUAUAACUUAAUUAAGGCAGAUCUAUUAUUUAUUUAAUAACGGUUACUUCACGCGUUUUUAUCAGGAUUGUCUGACGUUCUUCAAAUCCAAUCGGAGUUCUAAUCAUGAGCUGUCUUAAAGGCUAUUUUUUUUUAUCGAAAACAUAGUAUUUAAGUUCAACUUUAACAACUCAAGAUAGUGAAAAUAUUCAACCACAUUUAGGACUCAAACUACAAAUAGUAUUGGAAAAUAAAAAGACGUCGCAUCCAAAGGUUUUGCCACACACAUUUUUAAAGCUCCUGUGAUGAGAUCUUGUCUUAAGCCAGUAACAGUCAAUUUAGUAAUUUUAAGUGCCAUCACGAUCCCUAAAGCUCCUUUUACCCUGAAUUUAAGUCCAAAAUCUGCACCAGCUUACAAAAUAAGGUACAAAACGAACAUUCAAUAUUCAGCAUAUUUCCUUAUCACGUUAAGCUCCAUAUUGUGCUUAACUUCCCGAACAUGUGGCAAAAACUUCAUACUCAUAAGAUUAUGUCCCUCUUAGACCCAUCUCUUUGGUAUAAUAUUUUAUGGAUGACGUAAUCACUUACAUAUUCCUUGUACCAUUUUUACCCUUCGAGGUAUUUCAAUAAAGUUGGGCUAGGGUGUGCUUGGGUUUGGGGAAAUGAGGAUAUUAGGAUACAAAUUAGGAAAAGUUGUAUGAAAGACAAGAGGUAUAAAAAAAUUGAUUAAGCCUAAGCCAAGUGAUGUCAGUGUUGUUUAGAUUAAGAACGAUCAAUCUUAAUUUUUUUUUUUGACAAACUGCUUACGUUAAUAAUUAAAGCGGCUAUAUAUAAAUGGUAAAUAGAAGAACAAGGCUUGGCAAAAAAAAACAUAUAAACCAAAGUAGAAUAAAAAAAUAACAAUCAAAUUACCACACUAAUUAAUAUAACACCACAAAAAUCCUACAUUUACCAAGCCACACAAAUUACCAACACAAAAUCCCCUAGCAACAAGAUUAAUUACAGUGGACAAAAGCACAAAAACUCCGACCGAAAAUCAUUCAGUAAGAAUACAGGAAAUGUCCAACAAAAACUGAAAGACAUACUGACUCUAAUCGACAAAUGACUCACGCUACCAUCAUGUCUUUAAAUAAACCUUGUAAAUGUGGGAGAGAGACAGCGCUCUACACGUUCUAUACCCGUCUUGCUCCCACAAUUACAACAGUCUUAAUAGGUAGUAGGGUGAAAAUACCUUCACGAAAUACCAAAUAGGUGACAUUAUUGAAAAGACCUCUGCCCUGUUUGUCCUUAAACGAUGUUGUGAAGAAUACCGAUUGUAGUUUAUAUUCUGAAAUUGGGUUUUGUUGGAAUUUCUGGUUUAUUAGAAUGUCUUGAAAUUCCUUUGUAAAUUUUGAGGUCUUUGGUAUUUUGUGAAUUUGGUGUGAAAUAGCUUUGAGGUACUAUUGUGUUUUUACUUCGUUUUGAGUCAUUACUUUACUUGCAUCCAAUCAUGUUCUUAUGUGCAAUAAAGUGUAUUCUACUUUUGACAUGACAACGUCUUAUAAUUCGAUGGAGUCGGUUGCACGCACUAAAAAAAGUGGCGUUACCGCGCUCUGAGGAAGGAAACAAUUGACACGUAUGUCCCGUACUGCGGUGUCCAUACUGGUUUUUCUUAUGACGUUGUCACAUUCAACUAUCGUCGGUAAGCCGACUUUACAACGACAUCUACGUUAGUAGCAGAAUAUGAGUUAUCAACAAACAAAAAAAAUCUUACUUUUAAAAGAAACAUGCAAGAACAGGUCUCCAAGCUCUACCGACAAAUUUUAACCAAAUCAAAUACCCCGAAAAAAUACGAAUCCAAUUUUCCCUUACAACAUAAUAUCAAUUUAAUAAUAGUAAAAUUUUCCAAGGCGUGACGUAGCUGUGUUAAAAUUAAUAGCCCUGCGAGUGCUGUAAUGAAAAUUCCCUUCAUGCCAGUCCAGUGCACUUAUAACCAUUAUCUAUUUUAAAAGCAGAACUGGGGACCUGAAGCUUCGAGAGUAUUAUUAUUGCAUUCGUGGAAGCGGGACAGAGCUAUACGUGAUGUAGAGUGGCAUCUCUUUUCCACACGGUAAUAUUACUUUAAGAGUGAGAGAGAGGUUAUUGGUAGGACCUCUGUACGGGUCUGCUCUAUAGAUAGACGGGUUCCCUUAUAAAUGUAAAAAAGAGUAUCAUGUUACCAUUAUUGUGUUAUACAGUCCUAUAUAUGGCCUAAUGGAGUUGUAAAGUCUUAUGGCGUCUCUGGCUGUGUAAGGUAUAAAAUACCAGUUAUAUGGAUGUGAUUUUCAGUGCGUCUUUCAUUUAUUUUACGGUUUUCAGGGUUUUAUACUCAAAGGAGAAAUGUAAAAUUCAAUACUAAAAUCCUCCUGUCUAUCUUGCUGUCACCAGUAUCUCGAAUCUCAUGAACCAUGAUAGCAAGAGAGUUUCUUUGUGCGGAACCCUUAGUACCGCGAGUCGAAGUCGCUCUUGACCAGUUUUAUUCUGAGCCACGGGAAAGUAGGUAUUAUACUAUGGAGUUCUUAAGAUAUUUCUUAAAACAAUCUGCAUGUCUAUCUAUAAAAUUUUGAUCUAUGUUGCUAUGUUGUUUUUUUUUGUAACAAUAAUUUGCUUUUCCAAAGAGUCAGAUGGAUAAUUUUAUUUUCAUAACAUUUUUAGAUAGUUUAUUCAUUCUUAACCAUUCAGGUGCAAAAGGUAACAAGCAAAAUUUUCCAGAAAAUUCCAAAGCAGAGUUUGAACUCUGAAUUUUCAACUGAAAUUUAACGUUGUAUUCUUAGAGGUGCAAGUGAAAUUCCGGGCUUCCCUUCCCAUUUUGCGUGGCAAUGUUGGUGGCAUCCGGCACAGUUCCGGACGAAAGAGUAUAAUUCUUUGGAGGCUUUGUUUGCAUGUGUUUAUUUCCCUUUUUAUUGUACAUUGGCUUAUUUGAAUGGUUUAUUUACUUUUUUUGUAAAAGACAGUGUUCAGUUGAAUCUGGAAAAUCUGUUUGUUGUUUUGCGUAUGUGGUUUGUAGCUUGGGAAACUUUAAGACAAAUAUUGAGAGUUGUUAAUUGUAAAUCAUUCGGUUCAUAAAAAUACUUUGCGACGUUUUGGAAAAAAAUGGUGAUUUUAAUUUAUUUACGAAUUAUUAUGUUUG